AUGCCUUACUUAAGAACUAAACUCUCACCUAAGAAAUCAACAAACAAUGAAAAUACAACUUUGACACAGGAUAAUACGGUUAGGAAGUCCACGAAUACAAACACAACUGAAUUGCUGGCCCCUUCAGUUCUACCUGCUCCCCUUAACUAUGGAGCAGAGAAAACACAGUCGACAGAUGGCGUAAAUGAUGCUGCAGGUGACAAAGAUAUAGCUAGAUCGAAAUAUAUGAUGAAAAGUAUUGCUGGCUUGCUAAGUACAGCAAGUAUGUACGCUGGGAUGGAAGAUGUACAAAAUGUGAAAGAGCUGGCUCAAGAUAUGAUUUUAUUGAGGGAUGAACCAAUAGAAGAUGAUGAUAAUAACGAACAUGAAUACGAAGAUUUUCCUCAAAAGAAUGAGGAUGCCUUAUUCGAUAUGUCUGUAGAAGGUGUUGGAGCUAAAAGUGGAAUUACGCAUGAUAUUAUAGUUCAGAAUUUAACCAAGAUAUUUGGACUUCCGAAGAAUGAAAUCUUCCUAAAGGAAUUACCUGCAUGGACUUUGAAAGAUGUUCUUAUUCAGGGCCAUAUCAUUCUUACAACUGCUUCCCUUUUAUUCUUUGCAUAUCUACCUAAAAAAUCUGGAGAUAUCCUGAAAUCUGGUAAUUUGAAUAUUAGAUCCUCUUUAAGGGGCUCUAUUCGUUACUGGGCUGUAUUGAGAGAUCAUUUAUUUUACCUCUAUAAUUCUCCAACUGAUGUAUACUUUCCAGCCUUAACAAUCGAUUUGAGAACAGUAACUAAUAUCGAAAUCCAGAAAUCAUUUCGGCUUCAUGAGAACACUAAAUACUUUAAAAUUGUUACCACUGAAAGAACUCUCAAGUUCAUGGCAGAUUCUAUUAAUUCUGCAAGUGAUUGGACUAAAAUGUUGAAGAAACAACAAUUUGCCACGCAACACUCCGAUAACAACUCCAUUGCAUUGAAUAUUCCUUUAACCAACAUCUUAGAAGUAGAGAAAGAUGAUUCAUUAGAAACGGCUAUUAUAUUGAAAGUUAGAGCCAUGGAAAGUAAAGAAACAUUUGCAUUUGAUGAUUACAUGUUCAUGUUCUUAGAUAAUUCUGGUGUUGAACUCAAAUCUGCAUUGGAAGCACAAUUAUUUAAAUUAAAAGAAGCUGGUACAAAUAUGUUAUAUCAGAUGCCCGCCAUUGUUGCUAAGGAAGGAGAUGCUAAGGCAAAAACGAGUAAUUCAAAGGCAUUAAUAGCACUAGAUAAAUGGGUUAAUCCACAAAGUUUAUUGAACUACGAAUUCUCAAGGAUAUCACUACAUUCGCCAAUUUCGACACCUAUAUAUAUACCAUCUCCAUCAGCUUUAAUACCUAUUACUCCAAGGAUAGUAACAUCUACCUUAAAUGUUGCGCCCUCUGUUACAAGUUAUAUUCCAUUACCGAAAAGAUUACCGACAAGGGACCCAAAACAUGACCAAGGUAAAGUUACUCAUGCAAUCAAAUCUCAUAUAAAAUCAAAACGUAGACAUUGGUUACAUAAAAGGAGUCCUUCAGUACUACACGAUAAAAACCAAGAAAAGAUUACAUUAGAGAGUCAUUCAACGUUACAAGCACCUAUAAUAAAGUACGAAUAUGAUCAAACUAAUGAGGCAUCCGAGAUAGAAAAUAAAGUUCAAGAAGAGAGUAGAAUAUCAGACGCAACACCCACUAAAAGAGAUAGAAGAAUAACAGAUUGGACAGUUACUCCUUUGAAAAACAUGGCAAACAUGUGGCAAUCAACCCCGUUACAUUAUCGAAAUAAAUAUAUUCAUUUCAGCGAUGAUGAUCAAUACCUUGUUAAAGAUAAAGACACGACUGUUUCCAAUGAACAUUUUAGAAACCAUUUCAAUUUACCUAAAAGAGAAACUUUAACAAGUUCUUAUUUCGCCCACUUAGUUAGAAAUGUACCGCUAUAUGGUAAAAUUUAUUUAGGAAACAAUUUUAUAUGUUUCAGAUCAUUGCUACCAGGUUCAAAUACACGCAUGAUCUUACCCUUACAUGACGUGGAGACUUGUUACAAAGAAAAUGGGUUUAGAUUUGGUUAUUGCGGUUUAGUCAUCGUCAUAAAGGGUCACGAAGAAUUGUUUUUCGAAUUUGCUUCCACCUUAUCAAGAAAUGAUUGUGAAUUGAUCAUUUUGAAACGUAUUGAAAUAUUUCGUUCCAUACAAAAACAGAAAGACCAUGAGAUCCAAGAGGAUGGAACAACUAAUUCAGUUGAAUUCAAAAAAUAUUCUCAUCCCGGUAAGUUGAAGGUUAUCGAAGAUAGAAUUGAAGCUAUCGGACUUGACGUGCCUAUUUUGGUUGAUCACAAUUCUCAUAUUCUAACGAAGAUCACACCAAAGAAAAAAUAUAAUAUUGGUUUAUUGACUAUAGGUUCAAGAGGUGAUGUUCAACCAUAUAUUGCGCUUGGGAAAGGGUUAAUAAAAGAAAAUCACAAUGUCACAAUUAUAACACACAUAGAAUUUAAAGAUUUUGUUGAAUCGCAUGGGUUAAAUUUUGUCAAAUUAGCCGGAAAUCCCUCUGAAUUAAUGGCAUUAAUGGUUGAACAUGAAUCAAUGAAUGUGGCUUUAUUAAGAGAUGCUUCCAAGAAUUUUAAAAGUUGGAUCAAAGAUUUACUUGAGUCAUCAUGGGAAAGUUGUAAAGCUUUAAAUCUUAAUCUUCUCAUCGAGUCACCUUCUGCCAUGGUCGGCAUACAUAUCGCUGAGGCAUUGAACAUUCCGUAUUUUAGGGCUUUCACAAUGCCAUGGACGAGGACCAGAGCAUAUCCUCAUGCCUUCAUCGUUCCUGAUCAAAAAAGAGGAGGGAAUUAUAAUUACUUAACGCAUGUAUUGUUCGAAAAUAUCUUCUGGAAAGGAAUAAGUGGCCAGGUAAAUAAGUGGAGGGUAGAAACGUUAGGUCUGAAGAAAACAAAUCUUUACUAUCUUCAACAGAAUAAGAUCCCAUUUCUGUAUAACAUUUCUCCUACAGUCUUCCCACCUUCUGUAGAUUUUAGUGAAUGGAUCACAGUUACAGGAUAUUGGUUUUUGGACGAUAAAAAUGAUUAUGAACCUCCGAAUGAUUUAGUAGCUUUUAUUAGUAAAGCAAGAACUUUGCAAAAAAAAUUAGUUUAUAUCGGUUUUGGUUCCAUAGUAGUGUCGAAUGCUAAAGAGAUGACAAUUGCUCUAAUAAAAGCUGUAGAAAAAGCUGAUGUUUAUUGUAUCUUGAAUAAAGGCUGGUCAGAUAGAUUAGGUGAUGAAAGUGCAAAAAAUCUAGAAGUUAAUUUACCAUCAUGUGUAUUCAAUGCUGGUAAUGUCCCGCAUGAUUGGUUAUUUCCACAAGUAGAUGCAGCGGUUCAUCAUGGUGGUUCAGGAACAACUGGCGCUUCGCUACGGUCUGGGCUACCUACAAUUAUAAAACCAUUUUUUGGAGAUCAAUUCUUUUAUGCGACUAGAAUCGAAGAUAUGGGGGUCGGGAUAGCAUUAAAAAAAUUCAAUACGGAAAACUUGGCAUCUGCAUUGAAAGAAAUUACGACAAAUAAGAAAAUGUCUGAUAAAGCCAAAGAUGUACAAAUGCGAAUUUCCAAAGAAGACGGUGUUGGAACAGCAAUAACCACCAUAUAUUCUGAAUUGGAUUAUGCGAAGGGCUUAACUGAAGCCAGGCGAAGGAGGUCAAGAGCUCAUAGUAGCAGUAUAUCCACCGUUAAGAAUGCAUUAUCAAACAUUGUACCGUUAGAUCUUCCUAAUUUAGCUUUAGAAGACUCUUGGAUCAUGCUCUAA